GGACGGCGGGGGCAAAGCUGCGGGCGGCGGCGAUGGCUGGGACGGCCGAGCGGCGGGGGCGACGGCGGGCGCGGGCCUCUCCGCCAAAUCCGCUGCCUUUCCACCUACACCAGCGAUCUCCACCGCGAGUUCCGCUAGAGCCACCAUUUCUCUCAACGCGAGACAGCAAUUCGCAUACGCUAGGAGAUGGAGGUCAUGGCAUCCCUCGUCAACAUCUUGGCGCUGAUCUCCGAGGCAUGCCGCAGCGCGGAGAAGCUGCCGGCGGCGCUGAUCACUGGCGGCGUCGUGGAGGCCGCGGCGGCGAUCUUCGUCGGUGUGUUCAAGGCGCCCGGAGGCAUAUUUCAACACCACGGCAAGGCGCCAUUCUACCUCUAUUACGGCAUCACAGGAGGCGUGGCCAUCUUCGGCUUCGCGGAGGCGUGGGCCGGGUUCUGGGUCUCCGGCGACCUCAACGGCCGGCGCGCCGUCGGAAAGACGAUACUGUGGGUGUCGAUUUUGCCUCUCGUCUUGGUGGCUGCGCUCGGAGGGUUCGUCUUCAUGACAUAGUUGCAAACCUCUGUUUCCUCUGUUUGUACGAGUGUGUGUAAUCUCCUGUACCUCUGUGUGUAUGCACUACUACUAGUUUGUACCUUUGCGUGUAAUCCAUAAUGCUUUUAGUGUACUUAUGAUAUUUUCAGUUAUUAUGUGAUGUAGCAGUGUGAUUGUUAACUUUUAUGAGGUUUUAUGUAUCAUACAUGAGGUUGUUUAUGUUCUUUUAUCCAUGUUCCUA